CCGGGAAGGAGAGGGCACUGGGGAAGGAGAGGGCAGUUUGGUCGCUGGUUUACCAGGGAAGCAGAGCGCCAGUGGGAGGAACUCUCUGUUCUGUUCAUUCUUUUGCAACAUCUUGGACGGGAGAUAGUGGCCUAAGGGGAGACACUCUUUUGCAUCCUAUCUGUUUGGAACUCUUCUGAAGGAUUGUAUCGGAGCUAUUGAUGGUACACAUGUACGAGCCUCUGUAACAAAGGACAUGGAGCCUUCCUUUCGUGGUAGAAAGAUCCCUACAACUCAAAAUGUGAUGGCAGCCGUUGAUUCUGAUCUUCGGUUUACGUAUGUAUUGGCUGGUUGGGAGGGGUCAGCACACGAUGCGCUAGUCUUACAUGAUGCGUUAACCCGUCCAAAUGGUCUUCGUGUACCAUAAGGAAAAUUUUAUCUAGCUGAUGCUGGAUAUGGAGCCAAGCCAGGGUUCUUGCCCCCUUUUCGUGGAGUGAGAUACCAUUUGAAUGAGUGGGGGAACAAUCCUCCUAUAAAUGAGAAGGAGUUGUUUAAUCUUUGGCAUUCUUCUCUUCGCACGACCGUAGAACGUGGAUUUGGGUAAUCUUACCACCUCAAACAAAUUGGUGAGUGCAACAAUCAUCCCCUCUUCAAUCCUCUCAACCAAACACACAAAUGGCUAUCCCUAGUCACCUCUAUCCUCCCUACCAAACAAAAUAAUGCGGUUAUCCAACUCAUCUAAUCCCUUGUAACCAAACAACAAAAAAUGGCUAUCCCCAGCCACCUGGUAUCCUCACCCGUGAACCAAACGCCACCUUAGCCAGCUUUUGAAGGAAUAUUCCUAGGUAUCUGUUUAUCCCCACCCUACUUUACCAUCAAACCAAACGAGUGGCAUCUUUCCUAAAACUGACUAUCCCUAUCCACUGGUUGGUUAUCCCUCAAACCAAACACCACCUAAAUAGCGGGCCGGGACGAGGGUUCCUCUCUCAUCCGCACGCUAACUCGUUGCACAAGAAUUUCCUCCCACCCCCACCGUCUCGCCGCCGCCGCCGCCAGAUAAGAAAAGAAGAAAAAAAGAGAGAGAAGGACUCGUCGGGAGGGCUCGAGAUCUGUGUCGGGAGAGGGGGGAAUUCUUGAGAUCGGAAUCGGAUCAAGCGGGCGCGCUCGGGAAGGGGUUAUUACCAUACCAAAUUUUCCCAGGAACCCGUGAAAAGGCAACACAUCUUUGACAUCCCCACGACCGGACUUGAGCAGCAGCAGGCCGCAGCAGACAGAUCUUCUCGACACCCACCGACGGCUAAGCGGAUAUGGCGGCUUCACCGGCAACGUCGUCCGCGGCCGCGGGGGCCUCCUCCUCCGCGUGGCUAUCCAGCGCGCCUCUGCGUUCGCCCAGAGUCGCCGCUGCCUCGUUCCCGUCGCCCAACUCCGUUCGUCCGGCCGCGCUGGUCGUGGAUGCUCGGGCCUCUCGGCUCUCCGUCGUGACCGCAGCCGCCGCAGGGCACCAGCGGCUGAUGGGGUCGCUGACCAACAACGAGGGGCUCAGGUUCGGCGUGGUUGUGGCACGGUUCAAUGAGAUAGUGACCAACUUGCUUCUGCAGGGGGCUCUAGAGGCAUUCGAGCGAUACUCCGUCAAAGCAGAAAAUAUCACCGUUGUUAGUGUUCCUGGCAGCUUUGAAAUUCCUGUUGCAGCACAGAAGCUUGGGAAGUCUGGAAAGUAUGAUGCAAUUUUGUGCAUUGGGGCUGUGAUUAGAGGUGACACAACUCACUAUGAUGCUGUUGCAAACUCUGCUGCUUCAGGUGUACUCAAUGCUGGAUUGUCUGCUGGUAUCCCCUGCGUGUUUGGUGUUUUGACCUGUGAUGACAUGGACCAGGCGCUAAAUCGUGCUGGUGGCAAGGCAGGAAACAAGGGCGCCGAGACCGCUAUAACAGCUAUUGAGAUGGCCUCGCUGUUUCGGCAUCACCUAGCCUGAUGGUACCGAAUGCUGUUGUCGUCGAGCCAGCGAGAUUUUCUCCCCUGUCCGUGGCAAUCAGAGUUUUCUCUUAACACAAUUGUUUCAUAUUUCUUUGUAUUGCUACAGGCUAGUGUUUGAUCUGUCGUUUCAAUGUUAUUUUGGUCUGUAUGUAUGUACUCCGAUUGCCGGUCCACCUUUGCCCGCAAGAAACUUGCAAGUCUAGAGCUGGAAUAAACCUUUUCUUUAACACAGAAUAAAUCUUUUUCUAGAUGCAUGAAUAAACCUUUUCACCGUGCCCUA